CAAACUUAUGCAAAUUUUAAAGUUGUAUUUGUGAUUUGAGGAGACUUCCUUGAGAGAAGUUGUUACUGGUUUAUCUGCACAAAGAAAAACUCUUCUUUUGUGGAGUUUUGGAGUAAUUACGUUAAUUGCCUAAUAGAUUAGUUCACCUUUGUCGAAAAGAAAUUACUUCUCAAAAAACUGUCGCGAGGAAAACCGUACAAACCGAGUUAUUCACGUGUAUACAUGUACUUCUUCUAAAGAGACCUUAUGUCAAAAUAUGCCGGGAAUUGUUGUAUUUAAGCGCCGAUGGAUGGUCGCAAGUGAUGAUUUGGUCAUUCCGUUUGGAAUUGCUUUCGUCCUCAGAGGAUUAUGGAUGAUUGUUUUGUCAGUGUCUGUAGGCAUCUACCAUGGCUUUUAUCACAUGCACCAAGCCGAUAAAGAAGAUAAACAUAUUUGUGAACAGACGUUAGACUAUUUUAUGGGAGGAUAUCUAGCACUUCUUUUUGCAUCAAAUAUUAUGGAACUGUCCAUUGCUUGGAUGAGUGGAAAAGGCUCUAUAAUGGAUACAGAACCUCGAAAUCUCAUACCACAGUUACUUUAUGUUCGUCUUGUCCUGUCAAUUAUUGAGCUGUUAUGGCUGUCAAUAGGAAUCAAAUGGAUAUUUCUUGAUGUUACAAUAUGCGAAUUAACACCAGAAAUAUAUAUUGCAAGAGCCAUUGUUGUGUUCAACUGGCUAUUUUUGUUUUCAGUCAUCAUAAUUGUGUAUUGCGCAUUUGAUUCUGCUGGGAAGCAUUGGGUUCGUUUUCGAGAGGCACAACUUACAGAAGAUAGUGUAGAUGCAUCACACAGCAUUACACGCAAGUAUGAGAAGCGCUGGGAAGGAUGCUUCAAGCGUUGUUGUUGCUGUUCAGGAGUAGGACAAGGAGAUGAAAAUGUCUUCAACUUUAUUGGAAGAAAGCUCGCUGAAUAUUUUCAAGAUCUGGAUGUUGUUCCUUCAGACUUGGCAGCUGGACUUGUUUUGCUAAGAAAGCAGCAAAAACGUCAAGAACACCAAGCCCUUAUAAGAGCAAUAGAAGAGCAGCAAGUCUUAGAUUCUCAGAAAGGUGUUAAAAAAUCAUCUUUACGCUUUCAAAGGACAAACAGUUCGAGAACACUUAACCUCAAAGACAAGAAUGAAUUGCUUCUAUUUAAGGAAGUGGUAUACUACAUGAACUAUGCACUGUCUGCUUAUGGCUGGCCAAUCUAUAUGAAGAGCAAUGUUGCUUGUGGAUGUUGCAAGCUUUUGAAAAGUUUUAGAUGUUGUUAUCCAUGUCGUCAUCCAGAUCCGAGAUCACACAAGUUUGUUGAUAUUGAAAGUGACAACUGCUGCCGUUGUAAUUACUCAGCACUUAAGAGGAUUGCUAACAUUCACAACAGAGAAGCUAUUUUUGUCAGCUAUCACAACAAACUCUUUGAAACACCUUUCUUUGUAAGUGUGGAUCAUCGAAAGAAAGCAGUUGUGGUCACCAUCAGAGGAACUUUAUCGCUUCAGGAUAUCCUAACAGAUUUCACUGUUGAUGCAGAAACAAUACCAAUAGAAGGUGGUGAUACAAACUGGUUUGGACACAAGGGUAUGAUAAAGGUUGCCUUAUACCUCAAGAAGAAACUGGAGGGUGGUAUUCUUGAAAAAGCUUUCAAUUCUGAUCCAGAGAAACACACUGAAUCAUAUCGCCUUAUUCUUGUUGGCCAUUCUCUUGGUGCUGGCACGGCAGCUAUCUUAGCCAUGUUACUUCGACCAACAUACCCUGAUCUCUUCUGUUAUGCCUUCUCACCUCCUGGAGCUACUUUGAGCCUAGAUGCAGCGAAGUAUGUCCGUGAUUUUGUUAUGUCGAUUGUUAUUGGAAAAGACAUGAUUCCUAGAUUAAGUCUUUACACUCUUGAAGAUCUACGAAAUAAGAUAAUGGCCGUGAUUUCAUAUUCCACCACUCCAAAAUGGAAGAUUCUGCGUGGUUGUGUGUGUCGUUCGGCGUUCGUGUGUUGUUACGGAUGUAAGUGCGUCAACUGUGAUGCUCAGUUACGAGAUACCGAGGCGGACUGGGAACACUUUCAGUUACCUAACAACAAGAAUUCCAAGACGCCUACUUUUUACCCUCCCGGGAAAGUCAUUCAUGUUGUCAAAACGGUCUCUGUGCCAGGUCGAUGCGGUCGAAAAGGAACCAUAUACGAACCAGUUUGGGCCGACUUAGAGGACUUCCAGACGAUUCAGAUCUCAGGCCUCAUGUGGGAGGACCAUAUGCCAGAUUUUGUUCUUAAGGCUCUUAAUCAGUGCCUUCCCUCUAAGGAGCAAGAGGAGAGUGUUCUUUCUGCCCCAGAUCCACCAUGCCCUAACACGCUGGAGCUCCCUCCGACUGGUUUUGUGGAACCCAAUCACUUCCUUACGCGAAAUAAUCACACGGGCGCAAGAUCACUGGAAGAAGAGAUUACUGUUCGUGCUGUAGAGGAGGAUAGACUAGAGAGCGUGGCGUCGGCUGAUUCUUUGGCUCUCGAUGUGCAUCACCCAUUAUGGCGGAUAUCUGCCCUCAUUUCAGAAGCACGUAAAGCACCGAUAGCCCGCCCCGAGAGCGGCCUUGAAGAUUCCGAUUUAGAAGAAAGCGCGCCGUCCACGCGCGUGUCCGCUAGCUGGGUAGACUACACUCUUCCUACUGUUCAGCAAAGCACUGAUAACGUUAUAGACAUACAUCCACGUCCUCGCGCGAACACAGACCAUUCCGAUUCACCAGGCUCUGAGAAAACCUCGAAACUACAGGAAAUUGCUAGCAAGGCUACAUCUGCCGGCUCAAUAAGCACAAAACUUGAUUAUAGCCGAGCAAACGACAAUCCGCCCCCGAAACCUCCACGAACAUUCGAGACUGAAAGGUCCGAGGGCAGGCAAAGUUUCCGAUACAAACCGCCGCCGAAACCGCCAAGAACGUUUGAGUACGACUCGCAAAUUCAAGCGAACUUUUCUUCGUCUUUGUACUGGAAUUUCCCUCGUCCGCGAGCCAGGAAGUAUCAGACGCAAUUUUCGUCUUUUGACUUAGACGGAAGUACUCUUUCCUCAGACUCAGUGGAUGGAAGGGAAUCAGAAGAAGUUCUGACUCCUUAUAGUCCACACCGCAAAAAUGGGCCGCAAUAUUUCCGGACCAUAAGCGACCAUGUCGAUAAUCACAGAGGAAAUAAUGACAAAGUUUCUCUCUUCUCCAAGCAAGCCGUGCAUGUUAAUGGCGAGGCUGUCCGAAGACCGAAACCGCGCUCGGUUGAAUCUUCGGGUCCAGAGUCCCGGUUUUCGGUGUCGGACUCGGGUCUUAACAUUUCUCAGGAAGAGGAGUUCCUUCUGGGAUCUGUCAAACCGCGCACUGGGAGACGAAAGAGAAACCCGCUUAAACAAGCCGCAUCAGAGACAUUACACCACGCUAGCUCCAACUUUGAGCGCGCUGAUCAGCCGCUGACCGGUCGACGAACUAAUGCAAACUUUUUGGAGACUACGUUAUAACGGUGGAGUGAGGGAAAGAGGACAAUUACUCUUGCAGUUGUACUAAAAAUGGCUUGCAAUGGCAGCUAGUGCAAGGAAUCUUUGGAAUUGAAGUGACAUAAGCCUGUUUUUAAUAUGAUUUUCGUCGUUUGCUUCCAUGUGCGAGCUUAUAGCUUUCAAGAAAAUUAGUUGAAAUAUUGCCAGAGUAGUCUAAAUAAUAAUCAUAGCGUGUGAUACUGCUUAUUCUUGAAACAGGGAUAGGGUGGGGAGGGCACAAUCUUUAGAAUGAGGUUAUUCACCCGUUCUUUUGAAGGCUGUAGUUUCAGUUCAUUUAAUGUUACCACUGUUCAUGGACAAUUUCAUCGCUGCUGGGCUGUAAAGAAUUAUUGAUUUUUUUUUCGAUCUUGAUUCCCCACGGCCUCGUUGGUAAGGAAAUACUGUGAUUAGAAUACAGCCUUCAAGAGUGCUCUUACUCUAUUUUGUAGAACUUUGAGAUGCGUGCGCUUUAAUUGUGUAUACUUUAAGAAAUACCGUUAUCGACAGUGUAUAUGUAUGAUUAUCGAGACUUAGUUAGAACUGCCGUGCUUAUCAAGUACUUACACCCAAGCAUGGUAGAGCAUGGAACAGAACUAUAUAUAACACUGCCUUGUGUACUAUUCAGUUUUCAGCUAUUUAUUCCAAAAUCGACCAGGGCGGUUUUCAAAUGAGUGUCGAAAGUAAUAAGGUAAUUACUUUGGUUUUGGCAUCACUACGAUUUGAGAUUGA